AUGGCGGAAGGCGGCCCUCCCGACUGCGAAACUCAAAAGACGGAGAUAGCCAACCUCCUUAAGGCACCAUUGAAGAAAGGUGAUACCUGGUAUCUAGUUGACACGAAGUGGCUGAAACAGUGGAAAAAAUAUGUUGGAUUUGACAGUUGGGAUUCAUUUAGUGCAGGAGACCAAAGUGCAAAUCCUGGUCCUAUUGACAAUAAAACCUUAUUCAAAGAUGAUGGCAAAACAUUGAAAGAACACCUUAUUGAUGAGCUCGACUAUGUGUUACUGCCUACAGAAGGUUGGAAUAAAUUGGUCUCUUGGUAUGGAACUGUUGAAGGACAGGAGCCAAUUGCUCGUAAAGUCAUUGAGCAAGGCAUGUUUGUGAAGCAUUGUAAAGUGGAAGUUUACUUAAUAGACUUGAAACUUUGCCAGAAUUCAGAUAUGGAUGCUGUUCACACUAAACAAUUCAGUCGAGCUAUCACCAUUGAUCAAAUAGAGAAGGAAAUGAGGAAGCUCUUUAACAUAUCCGAUGAUAAAGAAACUCGACUCUGGAAUCGAUACAUGUGUAAUACUUAUGAACAUCUAAAUAAAACAGACCAUACAAUACAAGAUGCUGGCUUGUAUCAGGGACAGCUUAUUGUAAUUGAACCUCAGAAUGAUGAUGGUACAUGGCCGAGGCAAGCAAAAAGUACCAGCAGUUAUAAUUCAAGCAGUGCUCCUUUGGAAAGACAGUCCUCAUAUACUUCUACCAGGUCUUCUGGUUACAACAGUAGUUCUAGUAAUUAUGAUAACAACUAUAGCUCCUAUGGGUGCUACAAUAAUGAACCUGGACGUUCUCAAGCUGUACCUGGCCUCUGUGGAUUGUCAAACCUUGGAAACACUUGUUUUAUGAAUUCUGCUCUGCAAUGUAUGAGUAAUGUUUCCUACUUGACCCAUUAUUUUCUUGAAGAAAGGUGGGUGGAUGAGUUGAAUGAAGACAAUCCUCUAGGUAUGAGAGGAGAAAUUGCUAAAACUUAUGCAGAACUUGCUAAACAAAUGUGGUCUGGUAAAUACACUUAUACAGUUCCAAGGAAUUUUAAGAUUGCAGUUGGAAAAUUUGCACCUCAGUUCUCAGGUUUCCAGCAGCAGGAUUCUCAAGAAUUGAUGGCCUUUCUAUUAGAUGGUCUUCAUGAAGACUUAAAUCGAAUUCGUAAGAAGCCAUAUAUUGAGUUGAAAGAUGCCGAGAACCGACCAGAUGCUGAAGUAGCAAAAGAAGCCUGGAACAAUUAUAGGAAAAGGAAUGAUUCAGUAAUUGUUGAUACAUUUCAUGGAUUACUGAAGUCUACUUUAGUUUGUCCAGAAUGUGCUAAAGUAUCUGUUACUUUUGACCCAUUCUGUUACCUCUCAUUGCCUUUACCAAUUAAAAAAGAAAGACAAAUGGAAGUUUUCUGGGUGCCAUUAGAUCCUGCCAAAACACCUGUUCAGUAUAAGUUAACUGUUCCUAAGCUUGGUACAGUACUUGACUUGUGUUCAGCCUUAUCCAAACAUGUGAAUGUUCAACCUGAUAAGAUGGUUGUCACUGAUGUGUACAGUCACAAGUUUCACAAAGUCUACUCACAAGAGGAUGCUCUAAACCACAUCACAGACAGAGAUGAUAUUUUCAUUUAUGAAGUUCCCGUGAAUAGAAUGGAUGACCCUAACACUGUAAUAUUAGCAAUAUAUAUGAGAGAGAAAAAAGUUAAAACUGGUUUUAAUGACCAUCCCCUCACCUCUUACCAGUUGUUUGGGCAGCCUCUGCUGCUCCCAGCACCCAGAAAAAAUUGCAAUUAUGAGACCCUCUAUAAUUUAGUUUUGAAUAGGAUAUCGCGCCUUGUGAAAGUACCUGAUGAAUCUGAUAAAUGGUGGAUGGAGGAAGAUCGCAAAAACGCCUUAGAUGAAAAUAAUGUUGACCUUGAUGAAGAUAUUGACAAUUCUGUCUAUAAAGUAAAUGGUGGAGACAGUGGUGCACAUAUGGAGGAUAUGGAUGAUGACAGCUGUGAUUCUCCUGUAGAGGAAAGUCCAAAGAAUAGUGUUGGCUACAGCAACCUUAACUGUGGGGAUACCUCAAGUAACUUAGCCAAUGACCUGACCAACACUAUGGUGAACAGUUGCGGACAAAUCAGUAGCUCCUCUGGUCCAGCUAAUACAUCUAACAGCAAUAUUUCCUUGACAGCAACUUCAGCAAUGAGUAGCAGUGGCAAGAGGACUGACUGCAAACAGGGCUGUGAGGACAAUGUAAAAGCAGACAAUGCAGAUAAUGAAACUGAAGAGAAUGAGAACCAAUUUGUCCAUCGCCUCUUCAGAUUUACACCUGUCAAUUCUUAUGGAACCGCUGCUGUUGAUAACCGUAUGGAUGAGAGUGGCAAGCCUCUGAAAUUAACUUCUCAAACAUAUAUUGCUGUAGAUUGGGAUACUAAAGUCAAAGAAAAGUUUUAUAGUGAAAAAGCAGCAGAAGAACUUGAUAUCCACGAAUCAUUUCAUAUGAAAAAUACAGCUAAAAAACAGAUAAUUCAAUUGAGUGAAUGCCUGGAACUCUUCACUACAAAGGAAAAACUAGGUGCAGAUGAUCCAUGGUAUUGUCCUCAGUGCAAGAAACACCAACAAGCCACAAAGAAAUUUGAUUUGUGGUCAUUGCCCAAUAUAUUAGUAAUUCACCUGAAACGGUUUUCUUAUAAUAGAUAUUGGCGGGAUAAAAUUGACACAUUGGUUGAAUUUCCUACCAACAAUUUGAAUUUAAAAAAGUACAUAAUCAAUAACAAUCAUGGUCCUGCUACUUAUGACCUGAUAUCUGUGAGCAACCAUUAUGGUGGCAUGGGAGGAGGACACUAUACAGCUUUUUGCAAAAACAAGGAUGAUCAACAGUGGUAUUAUUUUGAUGAUUCUAGUGUCUCUCCAUCAUCAGAAGAUGUAGUUGUUACAAAAGCUGCUUAUGUGUUGGUGUACCAAAGACAGGGAUUACCAGAUCCAACUCAAAUGAUGCGUAUUCGGUCAAAUCCUUCAACUUCUGGCAGUGGUGUGGCAUCUGCUGCUGCAGGUGCUCCCCCUUCUGCUAUAGACAAUACCAUUUUCCCCCCUCUCUCUCCUGCCCCAUUUCUUCCACUUUUUGAUUUACCGCAUCUAUACCUACAAGAAGGCGAAUCUUUUUUGAAAAAGAAAGUUAUUUAUUUCCUUGGUACAGAUUUUUACCGAUUUGGGAUUUUAUUAUUUAGCUCUGCCAACAAUACAUUUAAAAAAGAUGCCGUAUGCAAUUUCACACCAGAGGCAAAAUUCAUUGUUGAGGAUUUGAAAAGACAAAUGGAAAGCAUGGUAAAUCUGCAAGACAAGAUCACAAGACGGAGAAAUUCCUACCAAGAAAAUCGCGACAAAGUUGCUGCAGAGAUCCAGAAAAUGACUGCACGCCUUGUUGAAGCUUUGCAGAAUAAUGAAACCCAACUACUUGAAGAACUUGAUAAAUUUUGUGAUGAAGAAGACCACAAGAUGGAAACUUUGGAAAAUGAGGUGUACACAUCAGUGAGCCAAGGAGAAAAAGAAUCACUUAUACCAGAUGGUGUUAUUUUUCUUUCUUCUGGUGAAGCAUUUAUUAUAUAUUGGAAAAAUAGAAGACUGAAACGGUUUGCAUGA